AUGGCUUCAAAAAUGUGGAUAUUAUUGAUUCUGUGCAUAUCAAAAUUGGUUUCGGGUAAAAGUUUGACGAUGGUUCUAGAUACAACAUUCUCUAUGCAUGAUGAUGUUGAGAUCAUCAAGAAUAACAUAAGAUCUGUACUAGAUACUGUAACUUUGGUGCCACAUGUCGACGAAUUCAUAUUAGUGCCUUUUAGUGAUCCUGAUGUUGGUGUUCCAAUAAAAUCGACGUCUCCAGAAGAAUUUUUGAGUACAGUCCAUGCUGUUAGGACUAGUGGUGGUACUGACUGCCCAGAAAACUCUUUGGCUGGUAUUAUAAAAGGUCUAGAGAUUAGCAAACCGGAGUCUUAUAUCUACCUCUUUACUGAUGCAUUUGCAAAUGAUUACAAUCUGUCCUCGGAGGUUAAAGAUCUUUGUAAGACCACAAAAAGUAAGGUGAUAAUAUUUUUAAGCGGUUACUGUAGAUCGAUAGAAGGCACCGUGGAAAUUUAUAAAAAUAUCACUGACCACUGCUCUGGAGCUGUUUUUCAAUUGGAUCGAAGUAAUUUUAAGAAGGCAUUUCAACUGAUGAAGGAAAUCACAUUAACAGAAUGGAAUAGUAUACAGAAUUACUACCCAGUUACAGAUCGAUAUGAAAUUGAGAUUUCUUUGGAUGCCUUUACAUCAAACAUGAUGAUAGUGGCCACUGGACAAAAUACACUAGUCACUGUGAACGAUUGUUUUGACUGUGAAGAAGUUAUGAAGGAUGCCAAAUCAUUCCAUGUCCUUCGAGUAAAGCAACACGUUGGGACACAUCGAUUAACUUUGAGAUGUGAGAUAUGUUCUUCACUGAUAAUCUACAAACGGCUUGACUUACAAUUUCAAUUCGGGUUUUCGACAAGACGUGUUCACAAUAUAAAAGAAACUACCUUGAAACCUAUCCCAGGCCUAGAAAACUACAUCACAAUAUUUUUGAAAAACGAGGGUAGUGUGACGGCUAGUUCCAUGGCUCUACAGUCAGAUGGCAGUCCUGUCUCUGAAUUGCACCUGGAACAGUUGGCUCCAGGUUGUUACUAUGCCACCGCGUACAUAUCUUCCGAUAAACGUUACAGAAUUGUCAUUAAAGGAUAUGAUUCAUCAACAUCCCAGCAAUUGACAGGAUUAACAAAUAUUUUGCGGCCACAAGAAAAAGGAUUUGUACCAGCUUCUUUAGCGCCAAUGGUAGAAAUUGUCAAACCAGAGAAUACAUUAAUAGAAUUUGGAUAUAGUCUAGAAAUAGCAUGCAGAGUUACAGGUUAUCCAAAGCCAGAUAUUUGGUGGGAGGACAGCAAUGAAAAAAAACUUAAGUCCGACGAACUUCUUUUAGAAACUCCUUCAGUUUACAUGAGCUAUGCUACAUACAAUGUUACAUCUAACAGUACAAUAUUCUGCAAAUCUAAAAAUUUUGAUGGUAAUGCAUCGCAAGAGCUGAAAUUGAAUGUGAACAAAACUGCAAUCUUGGAGUUUGUGCAGAAACCUAAAGAUGAAACGUUCCAAUAUGGCAAGGAAGGUAAAAUUUACUGUCAAGUAAAUUCUUAUCCAGAAGCAUCUAUCACGUGGUACCACAAUGAUACACUUCUAGAAAAUUCCGACAAUAUACAAAUUAAACCAGGAGAUAACGCUGUAGUGAUACAAAAUAUGGGUCUAGAUGACGUCGGAGAGUAUAAAUGUGAAGUCAGCAACACGGUUGAGAAAAAAACUGUGACUGCUUCUAUAGACAUUUCUGGAUUAGAAUAUCCAGAAAUUGCUACCGAUAACUUUCAAAUUGCUGUAAAACUCGGUGAGCGGGCAAAUAUUCAGUGCAGCAUUGUUAAGGGUAAUCCAGUACCAGAUGUAACCUGGCAAUAUAAAUCUGAGGACAGUGAUGAAUUUGGAAAACUUCCAACUGGAGCAUAUGUCAUUGAUAGCAAACCUGCAAAAAAUAAAAAUGAGACUUUGUCUGUAGCUAGUAGUAGCAACUUUUUAAGUUUCUUUAGUGGUCCUAGUAAACCAAAAGAUAACGCUAAACCAUUAUCAAUAAGUACGAAUAAAGCCGGUAUAUAUCAGUGUAAAGGAAGUAACAUAUUGGGGGAACACUCCAAAGAAAUUAUUCUUAAAGUUCAAGUUCCUCCAAAAAUUCGGAACAGUGAGGAUGAAACUGUUACUGUUAAGAAGGGACGUAGAGUUGAGUUACCAUGUGAAGUGGACGCAGAUCCCGAUGCUAAUGUGCGGUGGGAGGUCCAUCACGGCGACCGCAUUGUCAAUCUAAGUGCAAGACACCACGUUGAUUAUAAAAAUACUCUCAUAUUUAACACCCGUUGGAAUGAUUCCGGAGAAUAUCACUGUAUAGCUAAAAAUGAAUACGGAAGUGCUGAUAAGAAAUAUACUGUCACUGUGCUUGUGGCUCCUUACAUCGAAGCUCCUAAGUCGAAGACUAUCACAACUACCGUAGGUUCUACCGUAACUUUGGUCUGCGACGCCUUCGGAAGUCCGUCUCCUUCCACCAGAUGGCAGUUCAGUGCUCCUGAUUCACCACCUGUAACUUUAUCGAGUGGCAAUUCAAUGAACGUGUUAACCUUGAAUCACUUAACAAAAUUACAAGAAGGAUAUUACAGCUGCAUAGCCGAAAAUUCUGUUGGUGUAGACAUAAUAAAAAUAUUAGUUAAUGUUCAUAAUUUAUAAGCAUACUGA